AUGCAUUCCUUCUUGACUGUCCUGCCCCUCGUGGCGACUGCUCUUGCAGCUCGUCCAUACAUCAAUGAAGCUGAUACUGGAAUCGAUGACAUCCUCGGCUCAACUGCCACUGGUCAACUCCCUCCACUGGCCAGCAUGAUCGGUCUCCCAGAUUUCGAAUGGGCCGCCCGCAAGUACAUGAACACCACCGCCUACACGUACUACCGUAACGGUGCCGCAGGAGAAUGGUCGUACCGCAACAACCUCGAGAUCUUCGCCCGGUAUAGAUUCCGUCCUCGUGUGUUGAACACGGAUGUCACAAAAAUCGAGUCAACUCUCCCGACAACUCUGCUGGGCCAUAAAUUCGCAAUGCCGAUUUUCAUUAGUCCGGCUGCGAGAGGUGGAUAUGCGAAUGCUGCUGGUGAGGAGGGUCUCGUGAAGGCUGCUGGAGAGGCGGGAAUCCUAUAUAUGCCAUCUGGAUACUCAACCUUGACAAUGGAGCAAAUCGCCAACAUGAAGGUCAAGAACGGAACUUACGGUCCCCAAGUUACUUUCCAACAGAUCUACCUCAGCGAGAACCUCACCGCCAGCGCCAUCGCCUUCAAGCGCGCUGAAACCACUGGCUCCAAGGCAAUCGUCAUGACCGUCGACUCUGCCGGCGACGGCGACCGCCACCGCGCCGCACGCUACGGUGUUGGCUCUGCUGACUCUUCAUACACCUACCAAACCUGGGACUACGUCAAGCAGCUCCAAAACCUGACUACUCUUCCCAUCAUCCUCAAGGGCAUCAUGACCGUCGAGGACGCCCAGCUCGCAUACGAGAACGGCGCCAAGGCUAUCAUCCUGUCCAACCACGGUGCUAGACAAUUGGACGGAGCACCUUCGUCCCUCGAGGUAGCGCUGGAGAUCCAUGCCAGGAACCCGAGGCUGUUCAAGAAGAUGGAGAUUUAUGCGGAUGGUGGCGUGAGGUAUGGGUCUGAUGUGUUGAAGCUUUUGGCGUUGGGUGUCAGGGCUGUUGGACUCGGUCGCCCGUUCAUGUAUGCGAACUGCUAUGGAACUGAGGGUGUGGCCAAGGCGAUCAAGAUCUUGAAGAGAGAGAUCUCGAUUGAUGCUGCGAACUUGGGCGUUGGAGACUUGAAGAAGAUUGACCCUUCAUACGUGAAGUGGGAGAACAACAACUGGUGGUCUUGA